CGUGAGAUCACGAGUUUGAUUCACAUGUAUUUAUCAAAUAAAAAAAAUUAUAAAAACUCAUUCGGCUCAAAUAGUCGGCCUGCUAAUUCGGACCGUCUGCCACUGCUCUUCCGUACACCCACGAACGACGCUCGCCCGGCGGCGAUUCUUCUCCGGCGACCCUCCUCCUCCUCGUCUCCUCGCUCCGGUCCGGCGUCUCCUCCUCAUUCUCGGCGACUGUAUGCGCGCCCGUGUUCCGUUUCCUCUCCGCUCGCCAGAUCGGAGUUAUGGAGGUUGAUUCAAAUGCAACAAGAGGGGAAGAAGGACUAAUUUUGGGUGGGAAAAGAAAUGAUGAUGCCGGCGAUGAUGAGAAUGUUGAAAAGAAUGAAUUUAAGGAACCUUCAACAGAUGUCGAUGUAGAGGUUCCACGCAUUGGGAUAAAUUUUGCUUCACAACAGGAAACUCGUUGCUAUUAUGAGAAAUAUGCUUCUCAAAAGGGAUUUGGUGUUAGAAAAAUUAGCACGAAGCGUAACAUUGAUGGACAAUCGAGUUAUUAUUCACUAGCAUGUGUUAAAGGAGGUAAACAAAAAUCCACAGCAAAGAGUAGAUUUAUCUCAAGGCUAUCAAUCAAAACUGAUUGUAAGGCAAAAAUCAAUGUGAUUGUGGAUGGUGAUGGACAAUGCACUAUAUCUCGUGUUCUUUUGGACCAUAAUCAUGCUCUUAGCCCCAAAAUUUCACGAUUUCAAAGAUCUCGCAGGAAGUUGGAUUCUUAUUCAAAGAGGAGAGUUGAGUUGAAUGAUCUAGCGAGCAUUCCUUUAGAUAAAAAUUCUCACUCUGUAGCUAGCGAAGUUGGAGAAUCUGAGAACUUAGCAUUUGGCGAGAAAGAUUGUGGAAACUACAUUGCCGAAGUGGAACAGUUAAAACUUACGAUUGGAGAUGCAGAGGCACUUUGUAAUUACUUUGUUCGAAUGCAAAGAAGGAACUCGAAUUUCUUUUAUGUGAUUGACAUGGAUGAGGAAGGACGGUUGCGGAAUGUAUUUUGGGCUGAUGCGAGGUCUAGAGCUGCUUAUGAGUCAUUUGGAGAUGUGUUAUUCUUUGAUACAACAUAUCUUACGAAUAAGUAUGAUAUGUCACUUACUACUUUUGUUGGAGUUAACCACCAUGGUCAGCCUAUUCUAUAUGGAUGUGGUUUGUUAUCAAGAGAGGAUGUAGGCGCUUAUGAUUGGCUAUUUAGAUCGUGGCUAGAAUGCAUGCAUGGGCGUCCUCCAAAUGCUAUAAUUACUGACCAAUGUAAAAUGAUCCAAGCUGCAGUUGCGGAAGUGUUUCCAAGUUCUCGUCAUCGGCUUUGCCUUUGGCACAUAAUGAAGAAGCUUCCUGAAAAAUUAGGAGGUCUAGCUCAAUACAAGGCAAUAGAAAAGAUUCUAAAAGGUGCUGUUUAUGAAUCUUUGAAUCCUCAAGAAUUUGAAGAAAGUUGGUCCAAAAUGAUUGAAGAAUUUAAUUUUGAAAAGAAUGAAUGGUUAAGUUCCUUAUUUGUGGAUAGUCAUCGUUGGGUUCCUAUAUAUGUUAAAAAGGUAUUUUGGGCAGGCUUGUCUACAACGCAAAGAAAUGAAAGCAUGGAUGCGUUUUUGGAUGAUUAUGUAAGCUCAAAAACUUCAUUGAAGCAAUUUGUUGAGCAAUAUGAUAGUGCCUUGAAAAGCAAAGUCGACAGGGAGAAUAAAGCGGAUUAUUGUUCUUCCAACUCGACCUAAAAGUCAGUUACUGAUUUCUACUUUGAGAAGCAAUUUCAUGAGAGCUACACUAAUGACAUACUUAGAUUGUUCCAAGAUGAAUUGAGGGGAUUGCUUUACUGUAAUUGUGAGUUGGACAAGGUUGAUGGUUUGAUAUCUUCUCUUAAUGUGACAGACAUUCUAAGGGGGGAAGGAAGGCAAAUCUAAAAGAAGAGUUGUGUACAAUGUGUGUUAUAAUGAAGCUGAAUUUGACGUUCAAUGCUCAUGUAGUCUGUUUGAGUUUAAAGGAAUUCUUUGCCGACAUAUAGUGAAGAUUCUCAUUGACAAAGAUGUGAAAGAGAUUCCAUCACAUUAUAUUUUAGCUCGUUGGAGGAAGGAUUUGAAAAGACGCUACUUUUUUGUCAUAAAUUGUUACGAAGAUCGGCAGAUGAAUGAGCAUAACCUGCAGUUUGAUAGGUUAUGCACAAACUUCUUCGAAGCUGCAGAGAUUGCGGCAAUGUCAAGAGAAAAGUAUGAGUUUUUCAUGAGAUACAUAGAUGAGGGAAAGAAAAGGCUAAAAGAUGAUUUUGUUUCGCAUAAUUGUCAUUUCAGUCCAAAACAGUGAUGCCCUAUCAACUUACAAAUGACUAUGUCCUUUGCAAUUUCAAAGUAAAGGUUGCCCGCCAUCCAAAAAGAAUCUGAGAUAGUUAAAAAGGGUAGGGUACUGUUUAUUUUUCUUCUUCUUGUACUUUUUCUUCUUGAGUCAAUGCCACUGAUUUCUAAAGUUCACAGCUU